CAACAGCCCGCAUUCAGUUCAAUAAUAUUUGUAUACGUAUGGGGCAAAAGUAGACCGUGUCUCAUCUCUUAUCAGCUAAUUUCCUGAGUCGACAAAAUUUGGUUGAUUAUUAAGCACUGUUCAAACUAUAGCGGACUGUACAACUAACCCGUGUUAUAAGUAAUCUCAGUCUAAAAGCUCAAGGAAUCACGAGCUUGAAAAUUACUGUUUUUCUUAGGAUGAAAAGGUUAUAUCUAUUGCUGUUUCUGUUCGCUGUUGGAGAAGCAAGACGCGUUGUAAAAACCGGUAACUUUGGGUUUUUGACUUCGACUGGUUACCCGCAGCCUUAUGGGAACAAUCUGAACGAUACGUGGACCAUUACAGUGAAUAGAGGGUACAGGGUGGUCCUAUAUUUCACUGCUUUUGAUCUAGAAGAUUCGUUCGCGAAUGGAGAAGUUUGUGGAUUAGAUUAUCUGCAAAUUAUUGAUGGCCCGCUUUCUUCAAAUCAAACCCAAGGAAAAUAUUGCGGGAACCCUAUAAUGUUUUGGGAGGAUGCGCCCGCUCUAGUUUCACAAAAAUUCCGUUCAUCGGCCCAAGUUUUAAGCUUACGAAUGGUAAGUGAUUUUUCCAAUGACCUUCCGAUGACGUCACCGCCAGUUGGAUUUAAAGCGCAUUAUUACGCUGAAGAUCGUAAUGAAUGCACUGAGUUGAGAGAAGCUUACGAUAAAUCAGAUGAACCUGAAAGUGUUGGGAAAUGCGAUCAUUAUUGUAAUAAUUAUCCUGGAGGUUUUUAUUGCUCGUGUAAAGCGGGGUACAGGCUUCACGAGAAUGGGUACACAUGUACAGGUUUAUGCCAGGACGUUACAAUUCUUCAACACGAAGGAAUUAUCACUUCCCCCGGUUACCCAUCCAAUUAUCCAAGAUUAACCGACUGCAAUUGGCAUAUCGAGACUGAUGCUGGAAAAACAAUUCAUUUCCAAUUCAACAGGAAUUUCCACGUUGAAGCGCACGAUACUGGAGCUUGCGCUUACGAUUGGCUAAAAAUUCGAGACAAUUCUGGAGAAACGGGACCGUUCUGUGGCGAUCAGGCGCCAUCUAACGGCGCGGAAAUUAUUACCACAACAAAUUGGUUUGAAAUUCAAUUCCACAGCGACGCAGAAGUAGAACAACCCGGUUUUAGUCUUUCUUAUAGAACACAUGACAUUCGUUGCCUCGUCCCGCCUCCGCCAAUGCAUGGUUACAUACUAAGCCCCUCCCUAGCCGACCCCAUGGGUGAAAACUACGUCUCGUUUGGCGGUCUCAUACGUUACGACUGUAACAUGGGAUUUCGGGUUAUUGGCAGUGCAAAGUUGCUCUGCUUGAAAGAUGGCUCCAUGAGCGACGACGCACCAGUGUGCGAAGUGUUUUAAUUGUAUAUAUAGUAGGUUGGAGUAAGAUGGUACACUUUAGCACACAUAUCCAAAUAUCCUGAUCGCGUUUUAAACAAUUAACAACGACCUAAGGGAGUCGUAAGGAUAAGGUUUUAUAAUUCUAUGAAUGUCUUUUUUUGCCACCAAAUGGGAUGAGCUAAUCGAAAACAGAGGUGUCCCUUCUUUCCCCCUUACUAUAUAUAGUUCUGUGGGAUGAGAUACUGUUAGCACCUAAAACACAUAAUUCUUAAACGUGAUUUUAACAAUUAAUAAUGCUAUUUUAGAGUGCAAUCACAAGAGAAAAUUAAAACAUGUCCUAUCUUACCCCACUCACUAAAUAUUUAGAUGAUUAAGAAUAAUCUAAAUUUGUAAAUCUGACAUAUACAAACACCUCCUGUUUACUAAUUUUGUGUAAAAUUAUUUCCAAAAUCGUGAUUUAUGUUAAUUUAAAAAACUUCUUUGCAAAUAAAUCAGAUUCUCAACAA